UUGUUUGUUUGUUACGAACGAAGUUAUUAAAAUUAACCUGAACAAUUUGUAGAUGAAGUAAAAUGCCUCGUUAUGCCCAACUCGUGAUGGGCCCGGCGGGUAGCGGAAAGAGUACUUACUGCUCCACCAUGGUCCAGCACGCAGAGACUUUAAACCGRUCAGUUCAGGUCGUCAAUUUGGACCCAGCAGCUGAACAUUUUAACUAUCCUGUGAUGGCAGACAUCCGUGAGCUCAUUCAAGUUGACGAUGUGAUGGAGGACGACUCCCUAAGAUUUGGCCCUAAUGGGGGCCUGGUCUUCUGCAUGGAGUACUUUGCCAACAACUUUGACUGGCUGGAGGAAAGCCUGGGUCAUGUGGAAGAUGACUACAUAUUGUUCGACUGUCCAGGUCAGAUUGAACUUUACACACACCUCCCUGUAAUGAGGCAGCUGGUGGAGCAGCUCCAGCAGUGGGAGUUUCGGGUUUGCGGGGUCUUUUUGGUAGACUCACAGUUCAUGGUGGAGUCUUUUAAGUUUAUUUCUGGAGUCAUGGCCGCCCUGAGUGCCAUGGUGUCACUAGAAAUCCCUCAAGUAAACAUCAUGACGAAGAUGGACCUGCUUAGUCCUAAAGCGAAGAAAGAAAUUGAAAAGUACUUGGACCCAGACAUGUACUCAAUGAUGGAGGAUAACUCUGAGAGUUUCAGAAGCGCACAGUUCAAGAAGCUUACCAAAGCUAUUUGUGGUUUGAUAGAUGAUUACAGCAUGGUAAGAUUCCUGCCAUUUGAUCGCACAGAUGAUGAAGGUAUUAACAUAGUCCUACAGCACAUCGACUUCUCCAUACAGUAUGGGGAAGACUUGGAGUUCAAGGAGCCCAAGGAGGUUGAAGAAGAGCCAGCCAACUUAAAUUAUGAUGAGAUAUUUCAAGAUACCAGCUGAGGAGUAAUAGCUGGAGAACACGUGCAUGCAAGACUUUGYCUGACGUUCUACUGGAGAGUUGCAUCUCACUGCAUGGCUGCUGAUGAAUGGACAUUUGUGACCUGUGUUGGCAAUCCGAGGAAUUUUUCAAAAUUUGUUUAUGACUAGUUUCAAACGCUCUUUCUCAAAAGUUUCAAAUAUAAUAUGUAGUUUGUUGAAAAUUGAAGAUUUAUUAAUUAUCAUCAACAAUCUAGUUUUGUUAAUGUAAGUGCUGGUUAAAAAAAUUAUUUUUAUUGAUCUUGAAUAGUGUCAAUGGGAAUUCCAGUCUAAAAAUUUGUAAAUAUGAGAACGCCCAAUCUUCACAAAGACAGAUUUUCCAGCGCUAGUGCAGCCUGCAGAGAAAAAAGGGGUCUGUUUGAAAGGGAAUGAUUUAUAGGACAAUUAUUUUUGAAGACAUACCUGUUUAAAAAAAACUUCAGUUUACCAGUUUGUAAGAUCAUAUAUUGUUUUAGUUACUGGUGUCUUUGUAGACUCAGUUUUUUGCAAAUCUCAAUUACUGCAAAAAUCAAUGUUUUGCACUUAUUUUGCAGUGCGGCCUAUGCUCCAACUCAUUUUCUCAAACAUAAGUCACAUUAUUUGUUCUGAUUACUUUUUUGUAUUUAGAUGUCUGCAUUUUAUUACUUUUGAACAAUGUGUGUGUUUAAAAUAUCGCUAUUAAAAAUGUUUACUAAUGUUAUAUUUUUAAAAUAAAACUUGACAAAAAGCA